AUGGCCGAACCACAGAGCUCAGGAACUCCCUCCAUGGUCAUCUCCGUGAGGGCUGUGACCUUGACCGUGGCGAUUCUCUGUACAGCGCUGUACAUGCGGCGGUUCGUCAUCAAAUCAUUCGGAAUUGAUGACUACCUGGUGAUGGUAGCGCUGGUCUUUGUCAAUGGUUUUUCUGCCCUUGCCUACACUAUCACAUACUACGGCCUAGGAAGACAUACGUGGGACGUUCCGAAUGUGCAUUUGGUGACAUGGCUCAAGAUCUACUACGCUGCGCUGUGUAGCUAUCUGGUUGUGGCCUUCGCGGUCAAGGUGAGCCUGGUCACCUUCAUCAUGCGGGUAUUCCCCCAGGACUACGUGAGGAAGGGCGGCCUCGCCCUCAUCGGCUUCAUGACUCUCUUUACCAUUUCGGGCGAACUGGCGCUGGCGUUUCAGUGUAAGCCCAUCCGCGCAUUCUGGGACAAGACAAUCACCACCGCUACCUGUUUCUCCACCGACACCAUGUUUGGCAUUACCAUGUACCAAGGGGUUGUGAUGUUCGUGUGCGACGUAAUUAUCGUCGGACUCCCUAUCCUUCCUAUUUGGGGGCUGCAGAUGCCUGUGAAAAGGCGGCUGUCGGUGGUGUUUCUAUUCAGUUUUGGCAUCCUGGCAUCUGCGGCUGCCUUGGUCCGAUUCAGCACACUCGCCUACACGAAGGACAGCGUUGACAUCACCUAUUCUGCCUCGACAUCUCUGAUCUGGAUGGAGAUUGAGUUCAAUAUCGGAUUGCUCGCCGGAUCCCUGUCCUCUGUCCGCCAGUUGUUUAAGAUCAGGUCGAUUUUCAGCAGCCACGAGCGAUCGACCGGCCCCGAUUCGAAGCUCGCUAGUGGCAACUACGAACUACGGAAGAAGGCCCCUUGGAAGGACCGUGGCAUCAUGAAAACGUCCGAGCUGCACACCAGGGUGGAUGAAUUGGUUCGACCAGAGAGUCAGGAGCGGAUUGUACCGAUUUACGGGCAAGGGGACUCUGUCCGCACGGAUGUAUCUGGUAGAUAUUGA